UUUGGCUUCUUCGGUCAAAACCCUUUCUCCUCUCCUAAACGGCUCAAACCAACCCAACGAUUCCUCCUCAGAGCUACCGUCGCCGAUCAUCACAUAAAGAGUGACAAAUCAAUGGCGGAAACCACCAAACUGAACUUGGCUGAUUCUGCUGCUGCCGAUGCCCUGGAGAAGCCGCCGGAGGACUUGCGAAAAGUCCUCGCCAAGAUGCGUACCCAGGAAGCUCUGAUCAGCAGCACAACCAAGAUGGUGGAGGGUUUGUUAAGAGACGGCUUCAUGAACGUGGCCUUGGAGAUUGGAGCCAAGAUUCAGGACACCAAUGAGGUGCCUCGGGUCGUCACCGACACUGCUGUCAUCGAGUACUACGUCAAUGCCGCAGGGGACAGGACCAAGGAUGCUCUCAGAGUGUUCAAGCACAUGUCGGCUUCAGGGGUUGAACCAAAUGCCUACACAUAUGCCAUCAUCAUCAAGGCUCUUGCUGCUGCUGACCUUAAGAAGAACCCGAAUUUCGUUGUUUAUGCCAAGAAUUACUUUGUGGAGAUGCUGGACAGGGGAAUGCAGCCAAAUGAGGAGACUUAUGGUGCAGUGUUAGAAGGCAUUGGCCGCGGUCAGAACAAGGCCGAGGCUGAGGAAGAGCGCAGGGAGUUUGUGGAGAAUGUGAAAGAAAAGGGGUUUGUGCUGGUGCUCCAGAAGGAGACAGAGGAGAUGGCUAAACCUCCUCCAUUGAAGUCCGAGAUGGAAAUGCUUAAGGAACAUGUAAUGAUGGUGUUCGAGGAUGCCACCAAAGAUUGUGAAGACGAGAAUGUGCAAGCAAGAUUCAGACAGAUUGGGCAGGACUAUGAAUCACUGAGCAAAUGCGCAUUCGACCUUUUUAAUGCUUUGGUACGUAGAGGGCUCAACGAGGAAGCCAGAGAGCUAUUUAAGCCCCUGUUGGAGACAGCCAUACUGCCCGAUGAGGCCAUCUUCACCAUUGUCAUCCAUAUCUAUGGCGCUGGCAAGAUCAUGAGUCAUGCUCUGAAGGCGUACCGGCACAUGUUAUCUUACGGGAUCACCCCCAGCUCUUGCACUUACAAUUUACUCAUCGCAACACUUUCUCUUGAUCCCAAUUUCCUUGGGCAUGCCAAGGAGUUAUUUCUCGAAAUGUUGGAUAAGGGUAUCAAGCCCUUUUGCGGAACCUUUAUGGCUGUGUUCAAUGGUAUUGCUCGCGUGGAGUCCUUGGAGAAGGGGAAGGAGUUGCUUGAGCAGAUAAAGCCUAAGGGGGUUUUGCCUGGGCUAGACGAAGGCCGUUUCACUGAGGCAAUGAAGGCUAUGAAGUUGUAUGAUGAUCUCGAGAAGAAGACCACUGACAAAGAUGUUCAAGAAGUUAUCCGCAAUAUCUACCUUAAUGGCAUGGAGGAAGAGUCAAGGGACAUGUUCAUUGCUAUGGUAGAAGAUGGCAAUGUAGACGAGGCAAUGAGGACCUUUCAGUCAACAGGUCAGCCGCGCAUCAAUCCCAUGAUCAUAGUCCACACUGCUGUUAUUGAAGCUUACAUCAAUGGUGGCAAGACUGAGGGUGCUCUCCAGACCUUCAUGGACAUGCUAGCAGCUGGACUUGCCCCAAUAUCCUACACUUACUCUGUUUUGAUCAAGGGACUAGCUGCUGACCCCAACUUCUUUGGGGAUGCCAAGAAGUAUCUGAUUGAGAUGAUGGACAAGGGUAUGCAUCCAAAUGCUGCUACCUACACCGCAGUGUUUGAGGGCUUUGCAAGGGAGGAUGACAAGGCAACUGAGGAGGAGGGUAAGAAAUUUCUGGAGGUCAUGAUGGCCAAGGGUUUUGUACCUGACUCUGUGGUUGUGAGGAAGGUGUUAACAGGCAGACCAACAUCUGUGAUUAGCAGGGUCAUGAACAUCAUCCUUUUCGAGUAGAAGCACUGAUGGGCAGCAUUGUCAAUGCUAAUCUAGCAGCAUUAGGAUUAGGUUUCAUCUAUGGGCAGAAAGUUAUGUAGGAUAUGGUUUUAAUAUGGGAUUUUGUUCUGUUCCAUAUGAUCGAUUUUGAAUGUUGAAUCGUUGAUA